AGGGCUGAUUCCUCGCCACUGCACCACGGAGGCCUACAGACGUUAAGUCAGAUAGACGCAUUUCAAUAUGUGUUUGAUCAUAUCGCUGUCUGAAGCCAUGGGACCUAUGAGAUGUGUGGUGCUUCUAUGGCUGUUGUUCAUUGGCGGGCUUCAAGCAAGAAUAACAUCUUCCAGUAAGGCCUUUGAGCCCAACAUUCAGGUGCCAGGCAACCUUGCCUUUGGCUACAAGGUUCGUCCCCAGGCUCAGCAGGGCCAGAGCUACCAGACCCGUCCCCAGGCUCAGCAGGGCCAGAGCUACCAGACCCGUCCCCAGGCUCCGGCUCAGCAGGGCCAGAGCUACCAGACCCGUCCCCAGGCUCCGGCUCAGCAGGGCCAGAGCUACCAGGCUGGUCCCCGUCCUCAGGCGCAGCAGGGCCAGAGCUACCAGGUCCAGAGCUACCAGGUCCGUCCCCGUGCUCAGGCUCAGCAGGGCCAGAGUUACCAGGCCCGUCCCCAGGCUCCGGCUCAGCAGGGCCAGAGCUACCAGGCCGGUCCCCAGGCUCAGGCGCAGCAGGGCCAGAGCUACCAGGUCCGUCCUCAGGCUCAGGCCAGAGCUACUGCACCCGUCCCCAGGCUCAGCAGAGCCAGAGCUACCAGGCCCGUCCCCAGGCUCCGGCUCAGCAGGGCCAGAGCUACCAGGCCCGUCCUCAGGCUCAGCAGGGCCAGAGCUACCAGGCCCGUCCCCAGGCUCCGGCUCAGCAGGGCCAGAGUUACCAGGCCCGUCCCCAGGCUCAGCAGAGCCAGAUCCACCAGGCCCGUCCCCAGGCUCAGGCAGAGCCAGAGCUACCAGGUCCGUCCUCAGGCUCAGCAGGGCCAGAGUUACCAGGCCCGUCCCCAGGCGCAGCAGAGCCAGAUCCACCAGGCCCAGGCUCAGGCGCAGCAGGGCCAGAGUUACCAGGUCCGUCCUCAGGCGCAGCAGAGCCAGAUCCACCAGGCCCGUCCCCAGACUCAGCCGCAGGCGCAGCAGAGCCAGAGCUACCAGGUCCGUCCUCAGGCGCAGCAGAGCCAGAUCCACCAGGCCCGUCCCCAGGCUCAGGCGCAGCAGGGCCAGAGUUACCAGACCCGUCCCAAGCCGCAGGCGCAGCAGAGCCAGAUCCACCAGGCGCAACAGGGCCAGAGUUACCAGGUCCGUCCUCAGGCACAGCAGAGCCAGAUCCACCAGGCCCGUCCCCAGGCUCAGCCGCAACAGGGCCAGAGUUACCAGGUCCGUCCUCAGGCGCAGAAGAGCCAGAUCCACCAGGCCCGUCCCCAGGCUCAGCCGCAGGCGCAGCAGAGCCAGAUCCACCAGGCCCGCCCCCAGGCUCAGGCGCAGCAGGGCCAGAGUUACCAGACCCGUCCCAAGCCACAGGCGCAGCAGAGCCAGAUCCACCAGGCCCGUCCCCAGGCUCAGGCACAGCAGGGCCAGAGUUACCAGACCCGUCCCAAGCCGCAGGCGCAGAAGAACCAGAGCUACCAGGCCCGUCCCCAGGCUUUGGCGCAGCAGGGCCAGAGUUACCAGGCCCAUCCCCAGGCUCAGCUGCAGAGCCAGAGCUACCAGGCCGGUUCCCAGGCUCAGCCGCAGAAGCAGCAGAGCCAGAUCUACCAGGCCCAUUCCCAGGCUCAGCCGAGCCGGAGCUACCAGGCGCAGCAGAGCCAGAGCUACCAGGCCCAUCCCCAGGCUCAGCUGAGCCAGAGCUACCAGGCCCGUCCCCAGGUGCAGGCGCAACAGAGCCAGAUCCACCAGGCUCAGCCGCAGGCACAGCAGAGCCAGAGCUACCAGGCCCGUCCCCAGUCUCAGCUGCAGGGGCACUACCAGACUACACCAGGGAUCAAACUAGAGGGCAGGCGACCAGUCAACUAUGGAAGCAAAGGAGGAUUGGGCUAAAGCCUGAAAUUAUUGCCUGCAGGGGUGCUGUAGGUGUUUCAUCCAAUGACCCAUGUUGAACUAAACGUGUACCAUGAGUCUUUUGGAAAAAUAAAAAUUAUAUUGUGUGGAAAUCUAA